CGCUUGCUCAGAUUUUAGAGUGAAUACUGAAUCCUUCUGUUUGUCUCUCAUAAAUAAAAACGCGUGGGAGAGUGAAAACUAAAAAAAAAAAAAACAUGUUAAUCCGGUGUUAUAGGAUAUAAUACUAAUUUUUGAAUAUGGUUUAUCGUUUAAAAGUUGCUACACCAAAGUAUUUAAGUAUGUUUUAAUAAACAAAUUGUAGUUCAAUUUGAAUUUUUUAUUUCAUUGAUCGAAACGAAUUAAAUUUCAUAGAAUUCUAUAGAACUUAGUAUUGUUUUGAAAAAACACAUUCGAUUCGCAUCAAAUAGUAGGUAUUAACGUAUUACCUAAUUCGCAGUAUUUUUUUCGGGUUUUUGUAGUAUUUAAAUUAUUUACCAGUAUUCAGUGUAUUUCGACUUCUUUUUCUUCAGUAAAUGAAACGUCGUCAUGGACAGUAUUCAACAAGGCUGGUUUACCGAGUCCGACACUUGGCCAGGAGCGGGAUUGUCGCUUCAAGUUGAAAAAGUCCUUCAUAAAGAGAAAUCUCCUUAUCAAGACAUUAUGGUAUUACAAACCAAAUCGUUUGGGAAAGCGUUAAUUCUGGACAAAAUAAUUCAGUGUACGGAGUUCGAUGAAUUUUCGUAUCAAGAAAUGAUAUCUUUUUUGCCAUUGUGCAGCCAUCCCAAUCCAGAAAGAGUUUUGGUAGUUGGCGGGGGUGACGGAGGCGUAGCGCGAGAAGCUGUGAAACAUCCGAGCGUAAUCAGCAUAGAUGUAGUGGAAAUCGACGAACGAGUAGUGAAACUGGCUGAGGAAUAUUUGCCGUUUAUGGCGUGUGGAUUUAAAAACGAAAAAGUCACACUGCACAUAGAGGACGGCUUUGAAUUUAUGAAAAAGAACGCACAACAAUUUGAUGUCAUCAUCACUGAUUCCUCAGACCCCGUCGGUCCUAAUGCAUCACUAUUUCAAAAGAGUUACAUCGAGUCGAUGAAACAGUCACUUAAACCAGGUGGUAUUAUUUGUUCGCAAGCAGGAUCUAUUUGGAUCAAAGAAGACCAGAACACAAUGAUCGGAUUGUCCAAAGACUGUUCAGCCGUAUUCGACAAGAUCACUUUAGCCACUAUUUCAAUUCCAUCUUAUCCGACAGGCAAUAUUAGUUUUCUAAUGGCCACAAACAAUGAUGUUAAUUUUAAAAUGCCAGUUUUCAAGUUUACAACCGAAGAAAUGGACAAACACGAGCUUAAGUUUUAUUCACCAGAAUUGCAUUGUGCUUCGUUUAGCAUUCCUAGGUUUAUUCAAAAGACUCUUCCUUACCUCACGUGCUAGUAGUGACAAUUCUUUGAAACGUGUACCUUUUUUUUUUUUGUAGUAUGUACAGAGUUUAUUUUACUUUUUAACUAUGUAUGUAUUUAAAUUAUCAUACUAUGUUUUGUAUUUUCUCUUGUCAUCACAAACUAACAAAUCCAUUGCACUGAUUUAAAUUUAACAAACAUAGUCAAUUAUUUUAAGUAUAUGUACUCACA